AUGCAGGAGUUGGUUCGCGCGCCAAUUUUAGUCCCUCCAACUCGCACUUUUCGCCUAUUUCCCCCAAUCAUUGCCUCGGUUGCCCUGCCCCCAUUCCGCGGAAACCCGCUCCACCCUUUCCGUCAACCGCGUACCUCGCCAAAGGUCGCCAAACAUCCCCAACUUACACGUGCUCGCCGUUGGUCCAGUGCGGUUAGUGGUAAUGUUAAAAAGGUUGGCCUCAGUGACCUCGCCAAGGGUCAGCGAACACCCCCCUAG